AUGACAGCUUGCGAAGACCAAGGUACUCAGACAGUAGAAAUAUUACCUCCUGGAAAGACGACUCUAGGCUGCAAAUGGGUUUUUCGCUUGAAAUUCAAUGCUGAUGGUACACUCUCCCGUUACAAAGCCAGAUUUGUUGUUCUUGAAAACGAUCAAACCGAAGGUGUUGAUUAUAAUGAAACCUUUGCCCCGGUGGCGAAGAUGGUAACUAUUCGAGCAUUUUUUCAGCAGGUUGUUUCUCUUGAUUGGGAAGUCCAUCAAACAGAUGUCCAUAAUGCUUUUCUCCAUGCUGAUCUUGAUGAGGAAGUAUAUAUGCAACUUCCAUCGGGUUUCAGAACUGAUGACAAAUCCAAGAAAUUAUCCAUCUGCAGACAGGAAGGUCAAGCCGUUAUUGACUACUUAGGACGUCUGUCAAAGCUAUGGGAGGAACUAGACAUGUAUACACUGCUUCCUUCAUGUACGUGUAAUGCAACUGCAGAGUUUGAGAAGGAUAGAGAAGAGGAGAAUAUACACCAAUCUUUCAUGGGUUUGGAUCAAACUCGUUUUGGAGGAAUGUGUCAAGGAAUCAUAUCUUCUGAUUUGAUACUUGACAUCAGAGAAAUAUACUCAAAGGUGGCCAGAGAAGAGCAACGCCUCACCUCGAUUAGAGAACAUGAAACACAACAGAAUGAUGUGGGCUUCGACGCUAAGAAGGAUUUUUCGGUUCAAUCUCGGCUACCGUCGAAUUGGGAUCGGUACGAUGAUGAACUCAAUCCCGGUUCGGAAAAUGCGUCUGGGGAUUUGUUGUCGACAAGUAGAAGUAGUCAACCUGCGGAUGCAAAUGUGCCGAAAAGCAAAGGAGCAGAUUAUAUGCAUUUGAUAUCUGAAGCUCAAGCUGAGUCGUCUCACUCAAAGAUUCUCUAGAUGAUCUUGUUUAGUUACUUUGUCUUUGUCUGUGUACAAGUCUUUGCAGAUGAGUUUAGUCGGGUGGUUGGAUCUAUGAUCUCGGCAAGAGGGGAAGGUAUACUUUCAUGGAUGGAAGAUGACAACUUUGUUGUUGUGGAAGAAGAAGAUGGAUCAGCUUCUUACGUGAAGCCCGGAUUCCUCUCUUUGGAUUUGUAUGCGUUGGAGAAAAUGCUAGAGAAAGUGGAUGUGCAUGAGAGACUUUACAUUCACGCUGAUCUUUUGCCUCCCGAGAUGCGUACAGCUCCAUCAAAAAUGAGCCGAGAUAAAGAACCCUGUCAUUCACACGCUAUUCCAGUGGAAAGAUCGACUGCACAAGGAGAAUCAUCAGGCUUGGAGGCUGACUCUCUGGAUCAAGUCAAGGACAUACCAAUACUCAGAGAGAAAUCUUCAGCAACUGAAGCUGAUCUAGAUUUUCUUCUCAACUCCUUUAGUGAGGAGCCUAACCCACUGGCCAGCGCCUCCAAUCAGAAGCCUUGUGUACAAAGAUCUUCAGCUUUUGAAACUGAGCUGGACUCUCUUCUCAACUCUCAUGGUGGUUCAGAACCACCUAAACCAUCUCAUCAAAAGCUUAACACGACGGGCUUUGGUGACGUGCUUGAUGAUUUGCUCGAGAGUACUUCAUUAUCAACCAAACCACAGGGGAACCAGACCUCUUCGUCGUCGACUGUUGGAAAAUCCAAAGUUUUAGAUGAGUUUGAUUCUUGGUUAGAUACGAUUUGA